AGAGAGAGAUCAGACAAGAGAGGAGGCUGGCUGGCUCUGAGGAUGCUGCUCUCCUCGCCCAAGCCAGCCCUCCUUGCCAGAGCCAGCCUUCCUGGGAUGCCCAGCCGGAGGAGGCAGGCAAGCUAGAGCCAAGCCCAGAGGAGGAGGAGGAGGAAGAAGAAGAAGAAGAAAGGGACCGAAGCGCUACAGGAGGCGAUCUGGGGGGCAGAGGGGCAGCAUCCCCAGGGACCCCCUCGAGGACCCUUGGCUCGCCAAGAGGGGCACUCCGGGUGGCAGCCCCGACCGAACCCCCUCUGCCUUGGGAGCCCCUUGGCAUCCACCUGCCUUGGGAAGGGGCAGACCCCCCUCCCGGCAGCGCCGCCAAUGUCCUCGGCCAUCGAAAGGAAAAGCCUCGAGCCCUCCGAGGAGCCAGUGGAUGAGGUGCUCCAGAUUCCCCCUUCCUUGUUAACAUGUGGAGGUUGCCAACAGAACAUUGGGGACCGUUACUUCCUCAAAGCCAUUGAUCAGUACUGGCAUGAAGACUGCCUCAGCUGUGAUUUGUGUGGGUGCAGGCUUGGAGAAGUGGGAAGGCGACUAUAUUAUAAGCUGGGCAGAAAACUCUGUCGAAGAGACUAUCUCAGGCUUUUUGGCCAAGAUGGCCUGUGUGCUUCCUGUGACAAACGAAUCCGGGCCUAUGAGAUGACCAUGCGAGUAAAAGACAAAGUAUAUCACCUGGAAUGCUUCAAGUGUGCUGCCUGCCAGAAACACUUUUGCGUUGGUGACAGAUAUCUUCUCAUCAACUCAGAUAUAGUGUGUGAGCAGGAUAUCUAUGAGUGGACUAAGAUCAAUGGGAUGAUGUAGCCUGCUUGUGCCUCAUAAUCUCCAAAUGAGGGGACACAAAUACCUAGGUAUGGUGGUGUGAGAUCAAUCCCUCACAACUUAUAUGUGCUUUGUGUCAGGGCAAGGGAAAAUAUAACAGAAAACACAUACACUGCAUCAUGUACAAAUGAUGGCUGGGGUCUGAAACAUUAGUAGGUAGGUGGAGUUCUGUUAACAAACAAGCUUUAAUAAUAAACUGACUCUCUUGGAGGUGAUGGUAAAAGUUGGGGAGCCCAUAAAUGAAUACAAUGGAUUCUCUUGACUAGAAAUACAGUAGCAAUAUGUAAACAGAUAAUAUGGCUUUGAGGUGUGCAGAAUAGGUUGUGAAACAGAAUUUUAAAAUGUCAUUUCUAUUUACUCUAUAUUGAUCAUAUUCCCAAAAUUAAUACAAAAUGGGAUGGCGUCAGGAAUGGGUGUGUGGUAAGGAGAGGAUUAGGACUCCCAGUCUUUUAAGUUUUAGAUGUGGAAGGAGAUGUACCCUACCCCAGCAUGGAAAUAUUUUUCCCACAUUUGAAAUUAAAAAUGCAAGCUUUGGCCGCAACACUGCACAAGAUAUACCCUGUUAUAAACAUUUAAACCUUUGGCAGACAAAGGAUACUUAAUGGCAUGUGACUGGGGAAAAGGACUGCAACCUUAAUUCUAAGCAAUUAUUUAAAGAAAUUAAAAUGCACAGCUACAUUUAGCUGUCAUUCUUUGAAAUAGAGAAAUUCUGCCCUUCAUUUCUAUACAAAUAAUGAAUUUAAAGAGUUGUUCUGCUAUUUUAUUAACUUAGACAACACAAAUAAUUUGUUGUAUGUAGUAAAUCCUGCAGAUUUAAUAAUAAUAAAAAACCCCACUCAUUUGA